CUACCUGGAGAUCUACAAUGAGAGGGUGAGAGACCUGCUGAGGAGGAAAUCCACUCAGACCUACAACCUGAGAGUCCGGGAGCACCCGAAGGACGGGCCGUACGUGGAGGAUCUGUCCAAACACCUGGUGCAGAACUACAGCGACGUGGAGGAGCUGAUGGAGGCGGGAAACAUCAACCGCACCACCGCCAGCACCGGCAUGAACGACGUCAGCAGCCGCUCGCACGCCAUCUUCACCAUCAACUUCACACAGGCGAAGUUCGACGCAGAGAUGCCCAGCGAGACGGUCAGUAAGAUCCACCUGGUCGAUCUGGCCGGCAGCGAGCGAGCCGACGCCACCGGAGCCACGGGCGUCCGGCUGAAGGAAGGAGGGAACAUCAACAAGUCGCUGGUCACCCUGGGCAACGUCAUCUCCGCUCUCGCUGACAUGACGCAGGACGGCGUGAACACCAACCUGAAGAAGAAGUCCGUGUUUGUUCCCUACAGAGACUCGGUGCUGACAUGGCUGCUGAAAGACAGCCUGGGCGGAAACUCCAAGACCAUCAUGAUCGCAA